UUCACGAUUCCGAUAGCAAAUAAUUCUGCUGCGGCGACUGCGUUCACCUCCCCCCAGCCCCACCCCACCAACACUCCUCUCGCUCGCUCGCUCGCCGCCGCCUGCUCCGCGCGAUCGACUCCGGGAGCGGGAGCCGGAGCGGACGCCUCUCUGCCCGCUGAGCUCCCUCGCGCCCCUCCUCGCGAUGGAGAGAGCGGCUUUGCCGGACGGAAAGUGAGCUCGAAAUACAUGAAGAUGUCGGAACAUUCUGAGAGCACGGCUGAAAAGCUCAUGGGCAACAUCAUGGAUACCAUUGCUGACAGGCUCCCCAAGCAGAAGUCUGACAAUAUCAUGAGCAACAUCAUGGAUACCAUUUCUGACAAGCUCCCUAAGCAGAGGUCUGGCCGGUUCGAUCCUGGUUCAGUCGCUGAUGUGAAGAACAAGAUGUUUGGUCGUCAGAGGUCCCUCCAUGGAGUUCUGGGUGGCGGAAAGUCUGCUGAUGUGUUGUUAUGGAGGAACAAGAAGAUAUCUUCCAGUGUUUUGGGUCUCGCGACAGCUAUCUGGGUUUUCUUCGAGUGGCUUGAUUACCACUUCUUGACAAUCAUUUCAUUUGCCCUUGUUCUUGGAAUGGUGGUUCAGUUUGUUUGGUCCAACUUCUCAAGGUCUUCUGAAAUACCCCGGGUUAAGUUGCCAGAGGACCUGUUUGUGAACAUUGCUGUUGCCAUCGGUGCCCAAGUAAACAAGUUCCUUGGUUUCCUUCAAGAUGUGUCUUGUGAAAGAAACUUGAAGCAUUUUGUAUUGGCAAUUGUCGGAUUGUGGGCUGCUUCUGUGGCUGGGAGCUGGUUCAACUUCCUGACUGUCAUUUACAUUGGGUUCGUCUGUGCGCACACGCUCCCUGUGCUGUACGAGAAGUACGAGGACCAGGUCGACGACUUCCUCUACAGCAUCCUGGGCCUGCUCCGAGAGCAGUACCAGAAACUCGACAGCGGCGUCCUGAGCAGGAUGUCCACCAAGAGGAACAAGAAGAGCGAAUAGAUUAGAUCGGAGGGCACUCAUGAUUUAUCGAGUGAAAUCCCUUCUGCCUAGUUUGUGUGCUGCGGACCUGUAGUGUCAUGUGAGAGCAUGUGUGCUCAAGUGCUUCCUGAACAGAACCAGAACGCUGGUUUAAAUUUAACCGCGACGCUUGCGUCUGUUCUCCCAGUUAUUUGUGGGAUGCUGCUCAACAAAAUUGGUGAGACCAUAAGUUGUCUGCAUAUAUUGGAAGUUGAGCUCA